AAUUGAUCACUUUAGCCAUUCUAAGUGUACAGUUUUGUGGCAUUUAAUACAUUCACAUUAUUAUACAACCCAUCUCCAGAACUCUUUUCACCUUGAAAAACUGAAACUCUAUUUCCAUUAAAUAUGAACUCACUCCCCAUUCUCUCUUCCUCCAGCCUCUGGUGACCUCCAUUCUAUUAUUAUUAUAUUAUUAUUACUGGCAGUGUCCCUCUGUUGUCCAUGCUGGAGUGCAGUGAUGCAAUCACAGCUCACUGUAGCCUCAAACUCCUGGGCUCAAGGGAUCUUCCCACUUCAGCCUCCUGAGUAGCUGAGACUGUAGGCAUACACUACCACACUCUGCUAAUUUACCUAUUUUUUGGAAAGAUGGGGUUUUGCUGCAUGGCCCAAGCCAGACUUACAUUACUGGGCUCAAGCGAUCCUCCCACCUCAGCCUCCCAAAGCAUUGAGAUUACAGGUCUGAGCCACCACACCCUGCCCAUUCUACUUCCUGGCUCUUAAUUAUGACUACUCUAGAUACCUCAUGUAAGUGGAAUCAUACAGUAUUUGUCUUUUUGUAACUGGUUCAUUUUACUUGGCAUAAUGUCCUGAAGGUUCAUCCUCAUCGUAGUGUGUGUCAGAAUUCCCUUCCUUUUAAAGGAUGAAUAAUAUUCCAUUGUGUGGAUAUAUCACAUGUUGUUUAUCCACUCAUCAUUGAUGGACGCUUGUGUUGCUUCCACUUUUGGCUGCUAUAGAAAAUGCUGCUAUGAAUAUGGGUGUGCAAAUAUUCAUUGCAUCCAUAAUUUUGAUAGUUUUUUCUUUUUGAGACAGAGUCUCACACUGCUGUCCAGGCUAGAGUUCAGUGGCGCAAUCUCGGCUCACUGCAACCUCCGCUUCCCGGGUUGAAGUGAUUCUCCUGCCUUAGCCUCCCGAGUAGCUGGGAUUACAGGUGUCCGCCAUCACACCUGGCUAAUUUUUGUAUUUUUAGCAGAGACAGGGUUUCACCAUGUUGGAGGCUGGUCUCAAAUUCCUGGCCUCAAAUGAUCCACCCACCUCGGUCUCCCAAAGUGCUGGGAUUACAGUGAGCCACCAUGCCGAGUCCAUAAUUUUGAUUUUUAAAUGGUGACUACUUUUUCCGGCACCCCUUAAAUUUUGUCAGGCACUUGCCUUACCCUAGGCCUGGCCCCAGUUUGGGUUGUCACAGCAAGGUGGAAAUGUACUGAAAAGCUCAUGUUUUAUCUUUAUACAUUUACAUGGGGCCCAAAAAAGGGGGAAAACCCACUUUGAUAGGGAUAUGACACAGGGACACAGGAGCCAACUGAAAGAGCCCCCAGUGGCCAAAGAUGGAGCAACUUGAGCAACAAAAUAAAUAAAGUAAGCAUCAAAUUACAGUCCAAAGUAUAAAAUAAGUGUCUAUGAGUCUAUACCAACAUAGAUGAUUGAAUACAUUCAUAUGAAUAAAUGGGAGAGCACUUUGAGAUGCCAAGGUGGGCAGAUCACUUGAGCCCAGGAGUCUAAGACCAGAUUAGGCAAUGUGAUGAAACCCUGUCUCCACCAAAAAUACAAAAAUUAGCCAGGCAUGGUGGGGCAUGCCUAUAGUUCCAGUUACUUGGGAGGCUGGGGAAGGAGGAUUGCUUGAGCCUGGGAGACAGAGGUUGCAGUGAGCUGUGAUCUCACCACUGCACUCCAGCCUGGGCAACAGAGUGAGGCCCUGUCUCAAAUAAAUAUACAAAUAAAAUAAAUAUAUAAAUAAAAAUAAAAAUAACGGGAAAGAAGAGACAAAUCUUCGGUGCAGAAGAAUCCCAAAUGAAUUCUGUAGAUUCUCCACCCUACAGGAGGGCACACACAACUCCAGGCUGCCUUAGUGACCUUCUUCCAAAGAGUACAGUACGGGGAGGGGGAGCGAGGAGAAUUCACUUCACGGUGGAGAAAUCCGACAAAUACGACCUCCGCCAAGUGAUCGAGGUCACAUCAGCUGUCAUGAAUUAUGUUGAUAGUGGGCAUCCUGGAUAUGAUGGGAUGAAAUGGCACUUUACCUCCGCAACCCUUUUCACAACAGCCCGUAACGCCAGUAUAAGGAAAACAUCAGACCAGGUGUGGUGGUUCACGCUUGUAAUCCGAGCACUUUGGGAGGCCAAGGUGGGUGGAUCACAGGUCAGGAGUUUGAGACCAGCCUGGACAACAUGGUGAAAUCCUGUCUCUACUAAAUAUACAAAAACUAGCCAGGCCCGGUGGCGGGUGCCUGUAAUCCCAGCUACUCAAGAGGCUGAAGCAGAAGAACCUCUUGAACCUGGGAGGCGGAGGUUGCAGUGAGCCGAGAUCGCGCCACUGCACUCCAGCCAGGGCGACAGAGUGAGACUACAUCUCAAAAAAAAAAAAAAAGAAAGAAAAGAAAAAGAGAAAAGAAAAACAUCAGAACAUCAGACAGAUCCCAACAGAAGGGCAUCCUACAGUAUACGUGACCACUGCUCCUCAAACCUGUCAAGACCAUCGGAAACAAGAGAAGCCUGAGAAACUGUCACAGCUACAAGGAGAUGUGACAACUAAAUGUGAUUUUUUUUUUGGGGGGGGAUAUGGUCUCGCUUUGUCACCCAGGCUGCAGUACAGUGGCACAAUCACAGCUCACUGCAGCCUCGAACUCCGGGGCUCAAGCGAUCCUCCCAUCCAUCUCAGCCUCCCAAGUAGCUGGGGCUAUAAGUGUGCACCACCACACCCAGCUAAUUUUUGUAUUUUUUUUAGAGAUAGUAUUUCACUAUGUUGUGCAGGCUGGUCUCGAACUCCCGGAUUCGAGCAAUCCACCUGCCUUGGCCUCCCAAAGUGCUGGGAUUACAGGCAUGAGCCACCAUGCCUUGCCAAAUGUGAUGUAUUCUUGACGGGAUCCUGGAACAAGAAAAAGAUAUUAGUGAACCAAGAGACUGCCAAGGUGAUCCAGACCGCCUUCCAGAGAGCCAGCUACCCAGAUAUCACGGGCGAGAAGGCUAUGAUGCUCCUUGGCCAAGUCAAGUAUGGGUUGCACAACAUCCAGAUCAGCCACUUGUCCAUCGCCAGCAGCCAGGUGGAGCUGGUGGAAGCCAAGUCCAUCGAUGUCUCCAUUCAGAACGUGUCUGUGGUCUUUAAGGGGACCCUGAAGUAUGGCUACACCACUGCCUGGGGGCUGGGCAUUGAUCAGUCCAUUGACUUUGAGAUCGACUCUGCCAUUGACCUUCAGAUCAACACACAGCUGACCUGUGACUCUGGUAGAGUGCGGACCAAUGCCCCUGACUGCUACCUGUCUUUCCAUAAGCUGCUCCUGCAUCUCCAAGGGGAGCGAGAGCCUGGGUGGAUCAAGCAGUUGUUCACAAAUUUCAUCUCCUUCACCCUGAAGCUGGUCCUGAAGGGACAGAUCUGCAAAGAGAUCAACGUCAUCUCUAACAUCAUGGCCGAUUUUGUCCAGACUAGGGCUGCCAGCAUCCUUUCAGAUGGAGACAUUGGGGUGGACAUUUCCCUGACAGGUGAUCCUGUCAUCACAGCCUCCUACCUGGAGUCCCAUCACAAGGGUCAUUUCAUCUACAAGAAUGUCUCCGAGGACCUCCCCCUCCCCACCUUCUCGCCCGCACUUCUGAGGGACUCCCGCAUGCUGUACUUCUGGUUCUCUGAGCAAGUCUUCCACUCCCUGGCCAAGGUAGCUUUCCAGGAUGGCCGCCUCAUGCUCAGCCUGAUGGGAGACGAGUUCAAGGCAGUGCUGGAGACCUGGGGCUUCAACACCAACCAGGAAAUCUUCCAAGAGGUUGUCGGCGGCUUCCCCAGCCAGGCCCAAGUCACCGUCCACUGCCUCAAGAUGCCCAAGAUCUCGUGCCAAAACAAGGGAGUCGUGGUCAAUUCUUCAGUGAUGGUGAAAUUCCUCUUUCCACGCCCAGACCAGCAACAUUCUGUAGCUUACACAUUUGAAGAGGAUAUCAUGACUAUCGUCCAGGCCUCCUAUUCUAAGAAAAAGCUCUUCUUAAGCCUCUUGGAUUUCCAGAUUACACCAAAGACUGUUUCCAACUUGACUGAGAGCAGCUCCGAGUCCGUCCAGAGCUUCCUGCAGUCAAUGAUCACCACUGUGGGCAUCCCUGAGGUCAUGUCUCGGCUCGAGGCAGUGUUUACAGCCCUCAUGAACAGCAAAGGCCUGAGCCUCUUCGACAUCAUCAACCCUGAGAUUAUCACUCGAGAUGUGAGUACAAAGCCCCCCCUCACCAGCCCCUGUUCCUGGGGAGAGAGGCCCAGACAGGAUUCCUGGGGUGACUGGGGGCUGUUGGGGAGACAGACAGAGGGGUGUCUACCAGCUUGGCUCCCUCCUGGUGGCCUGGGAGUCAGCCCAGCCUGCCCCUCUCUCCUCCCGCCCCUCCCUCCUGGUGGCCUAGGAGUCAGCCCAGCCUGCACCUCUCUCCUACUGCCCCUCCCUCCAGGGCUUCCUGCUGCUGCAGAUGGACUUUGGCUUCCCUGAGCACCUGCUGGUGGAUUUCCUCCAGAGCUUGAGCUAGAAGUCUCCAAGGAGGUCGGGAUGGGGCUUGAACCAGAAGGCAAGCACCAGGCUCACAGCUGGAACCCUGGUGUCUCCUCCAGCGUGGUGGAAGUUGGGUUAGGAGUACAGAGGUGGAGAUUGGCUCCCAACUCCUCCCUAUCCUAAAGGCCCACUGGCAUUAAAGUGCUAUAUCCAAGA